AUGUAUCUACGAUUUUACCACUUCUUACCAUCCUUCAAGCCCUCACUGGACCCGGACUCGGACGAUGUAUCCUCACCCUCGAUAUUGUCCCCGUCGUCCCCCUCGAUCCCGAGCUCCAACCUAAGUUCAUCUACACGAACCCGCAUUCCAUUCCUCUCUCACCUCCAAUCCAAAAAGCAGCAGAACCUGCAUCUGUACCAGCAUCAACAACAACAACAGAAGCAAGUCCGCUGGGGCCCAGCUACCGAAAUUCCUCCAACCAAACCAGAACCAGAGGCACGUCCACAUCCACUCCGCGGAAGCCCCCUCCUCCAACUCAAGCCCAAGCCCAAGCACAGCAAUGCUAAACCAAUCCGCAAGCCCCCGACCCCAUUGGAUCAAGAGAUGUUCCACAAAAACCUCUGGGAGAUGAUCCACCAAGCCGAAGCAAAAGUAAAGCUCAGCUACGAGUAUCUGAAUCUCUCCGGUGAGGAUGAGCGCGAUGACCGUGUCCUCGAUGCGUGGUUCAGAGUUGAGGAGCAGGUGAUGGAUAAAAGGGUGAAUAGGGCUGCUAGGUCUCAGGUGCAGGCGCUGGUUCAGGCGCAGGCAAGGCCGAAGAUUGCGAAGAGGAAAAAGAAGGCAAAGAGAGUGUUGAAAUCUGAAAAGAAGAGUGGACUUUUUGGUGAGGCUGAGGUGUCUUCAAAGGGCAUGGACAUUAUCCAAGGCGUUGAGAAGGUUGUGGAGGACUGA